AAAUCCAUCACUGAAACUAAGAAAAGACUUGAUAAAUACUACAGGGACUCGGCACCAUCAAUUUCAAUGGUUAAGAAGUGGUUUACAGAGUUCCGUUGUGGUCGUACCAGCACUAGUGACGCCGAACGUUUAGGUUGCCCAAAAGAAGCGAUCACGUCGGAAAUCGUCGAUAAAAUCCAUGAAAUGAUAUUGGAUGAUCGGAGAAUGAAAGUGCGUGAGUUGGCUCAUGCUGUAGGUAUCUCAACUGAAUGGGAAUAUCACAUUUUACACGAAUAUUUGGACAUGAAAAAACUCUCCGCGAGAUGGAUUCCGCGAUUGCUCACACUUGACCAUAAGCGCAUUCGUUUGACCAGUUCAAAAGAGUGUUUAGCGAUGUUCAGCCGUAAUCCGAACGAAUUUUUUUGCCGUUUUGUUACUGUGGACGAAACAUGGAUCCAUCACAACACGCCAGACUUGAGUUCAUAUUUAUUACUGAACAACACUGUUUCACCUAAGUGA